CACUCCCGCACCGUUUCUCUUUCCCUUUUCCCUUCCCAGACUCUCUCUAUCACACACACAGCUGAAACUUGAAAAGGCGCAAAACCCCAGUGAGCACGAGCUCACAGAGACGACUGAUCGGAGACUCUUAAGAACGAAGAUGGGAACCCUAGGGAGAGCCAUAUACACAGUCGGAUUCUGGAUUCGCGAGACUGGCCAGGCCAUGGAUCGCCUCGGUUGCCGCCUACAGGGCAACAACUACUUUAAGGAGCAACUGUCUAGGCACCGUACGCUUAUGAAUCUCUUUGAUAAAGCUCCUGUGGUUGAUAAAGACGCAUUUGUGGCUCCAAGUGCCUCUGUUAUUGGGGAUGUUCAAGUAGGGAGUGGAUCAUCUAUUUGGUAUGGAUGUGUUGUGAGAGGUGAUGUCAACAGCAUUAGCAUUGGUUCUGGAACUAAUAUACAAGACAACUCUCUUGUGCAUGUGGCGAAGUCUAAUUUGAGUGGCAAGGUUCUGCCUACCAUCAUUGGUGACAAUGUGACUGUGGGUCACAGUGCUGUUUUACAUGGAUGUACUGUUGAGGAUGAGGCCUUUGUUGGCAUGGGAGCAACACUUCUUGAUGGCGUCUUUGUUGAAAAAAAUGCUAUGGUUGCUGCUGGAGCUCUUGUUAGACAGAAUACAAGGAUUCCUUGUGGUGAGGUAUGGGGAGGCAAUCCAGCAAAGUUUCUGAGGAAGCUUACUGAUGAGGAGAUGGCUUUUAUUUCCCAGUCGGCUGUCAAUUAUACCAACCUCGCACAGGUUCAUGCUGCUGAGAAUGCAAAGCCUUUUGAGGAGAUAGAGUUUGAGAAGGUGCUUCGUAAAAAGUUUGCUCGUCGGGAUGAGGAUUAUGACUCAUUGCUGGGGGUUGUUCGUGAAACUCCCCCCGAGCUCAUUCUUCCUGAUAACGUUCUACCUGAUAAAGCACAAAAGGAAAAGUAACUUAAGGAGGUCUUCUUUUUCCUUUUUAAUUUACGGAAAUUGCAAAAUUUGAGUCGAGGAAUAUUCUUUGUUAUGUGCAAAUACCUGGAGAAAGGAUUAUGCUUUCUCAUCAAUAAUAUCAGACAUGCCUAGGGCCGAAUCAUGGCCUCCCGUUUCUACCUGCGGUUGUUUGUUUGGAAACUCGAAUUUCUGCUUCGGGAGGGGUAAUGCCGAUCGGCUGCUGUACGUUGAUGUUUUUGUGUUCUCUGUAUUUACCAUGUUGCUCUCGCGGAUGGUAUUUUUCUGUCUUUAUUCUGGAAUUGCAAUCACCAUGAACUCCCUAAUUUCAUUUGGAUA